AUGGUGGACAAGGAUUGGGUGCAUCUUUGCAGAGCUGAUCCAGCUUACGAGAGAGGGGCUUCAAAUUUUGUACGAGUUGUGGCUGCUGCUUUGGGAGAUGGUGAUAUGAUUAUAUGUCCUUGCAUUGACUGUCGUAACAUUGAUCGUCACUCAGCCAGUGUUGUAGUUGACCAUCUUGUUACAAGGGGUAUGGAUGAGGCUUAUAAGUGGCGGUCAGAUUGGUAUCAUCAUGGAGAGUUAAAGUCUGGGGUUGAAGGUGACAAUAAUGCCAGUCAGUUUAAUGAUGAGAUAUAUGGGUUAUAUCAAGCUGCUGAGUUCAUGGAUGAUGACUUUGUUAGAAAUGCUGAACUCGGUGAGAUUGCAGACUGUGAGGACAAGAAAGAAGAUGAGUUUUUUGCAAAGCUUGCAGAUUCUGUAACAACCUUAUAUCCAAGUUGUGUUAAUCACAGUAAACUCUCGGCAAUAGUGUCCCUAUUCAGACUUAAGACACAGAAUGGUUGGUCUGACAAGAGUUUCAAUGAUCUUCUGGAGACAUUGCCGGAAAUGUUACCAGAGGACAAUGUGCUACACACAUCACUAUAUGAGGUGAAGAAAUUUCUUAAGUCAUUUGAUAUGGGCUACCAGAAGAUUCAUGCAUGUGUUAAUGAUUGCUGCUUAUUUAGAAAGAAGUACAAGAAGCUCGAUAAUUGUCCUAAAUGCAAGGCUUCUAGAUGGAAGACGAACAUGGUUACUGGUGAAGUAAAGAAAGGUGUUCCACAGAAAGUGUUACGCUACUUUCCCAUAAUCCCACGGCUGAAGAGAAUGUUUAGGUCCGAAGAGAUGGCUAAGGACUUAAGUUGCUGGCCUGUUUUGCUAGUAAACUACAAUUUGCCACCUAACCUAUGCAUGAAGAAGGAGAAUAUCAUGCUUACAUUGUUGAUACCUGGACCACAACAGCCUGGUAAUAGCAUUGAUGUAUACUUAGAGCCGCUCAUAGAGGAUCUUAACCAUCUCUGGAACAAUGGAGAGACAACAUAUGAUGCAUUCAGUAAAUCAACUUUUAAUCUGAAGGCAAUGCUGCUUUGGACGAUUAGUGACUUUCCGGCUUAUGGGAAUCUUGCAGGCUGCAAAGUAAAGGGUCAGAUGGCCUAUCCAUUAUGUGGAAAAAAUACAGACAGUUUGUGGUUGAAGUUCAGCCGAAAACAUGUCUAUAUGUGCCAUCGAAAGAGACUGCCACCAAAGCAUAGUUUCAGAUUAAAGAAGUCGUGGUUUGAUGGAAAAACUGAACAGGGGAGAAAAGGAAGGAUAUUGUUUGGGCAAGAAAUUUCUCAAAACCUGAAAAAUUUCAAAAAUGACUUUGGAAAUUGGAAACGAUCUGCGCGCAAGAGGAAAAAGACUGAGUGUACUAGUAUGGAGUCUGAUAAAGAGGAGUUAUCUAGUGAGUCAGAAGAGGAUAAAGAAAAUGAUGUAAAUGUAGAUGAGGGAGAGUUAUCAAGAUGGAAGAAAAGGUCUAUAUUUUUCAAGUUACCGUAUUGGGAGGAUCUUCCUGUGAGGCAUAACUUAGAUGUUAUGCAUGUAGAAAGGAAUGUGGCUGCAAGUAUUCUCUCUACUUUGUUACAUUGUGGGAAAUCAAAGGAUGGUCUAAAUGCCCNGUGA